AUGACCAAACGAGAAUCGGAGGUGCAGGCUUCGGCCAAGCACGAUGUUUCCCACCUUGAAGAUCAAGCUCACAAUGCCUCUAAGGAGACCGGCUCCCUGAAACUUGAUGCUCAUGGGCUCCCAUUGAGGCCGCAGCCUUCAAACGACGCCAAGGACCCUCUCAACUGGCCCUUCAAACUCAAGCUCUGGGUGCUCUUCCAAGUCUCCUACCUCGCCUUUCUCGGGCCAUUCACCCAGGCCGUCAUCAACAGUGCCUUCGUCCCCGUGUCAAAGUCCUUCCACAUCUCCGUCACGACUGCGUCCUACUGCACCAACGUCGCCAUCCUCGGCGCCGGCAUCGCGCCGCUAUUCCUCGCCCCGAUAGCCAACGUCUACGGCCGCCGGCCCGUCUUCCUCGUCGUCACCGCCGUCGGGGUAGCCAGCCAUGCCGCGUCGGCCGCCGCGCCCACGUGGUCCGGUGUCCUCGUGGCCAGGUUCUUCGUCGGUGUGGGCACCUCGGCUGGGAUGGGUAUCGGUGCGGCCUGCGUGGCUGAUAUGUUCUUCAUGCAUGAGCGCGGCAGGUUCAUGGGAGUGUACACCGUCUUUGUCACCAACGGCGCACAUGUCGCUGGCAUGAUCGGCGGGCCCAUCGCGAAAUACCUUGGCUGGAGGUGGUGUUUCUGGAUUCCCGCUAUCAUUCUUGGCUCCGCCUGGGUCCUGCUGCUCUUCGCCCUUCCGGAGACACUAUACCAUCGCAACAACGCUACUGGAGAGUCCUUGCAGGAAUCUGGCAGCUGGCUGGGGCUCUUCACUUUCAGAUCCCAGGCUGGCACAGCCAAGAGAAAGCUGAAGCUAUGGGACUUUACACAUGUCUUUUUGAUGCUGCGAUACCCGAGCGUGCUUUUUCCAGCGCUGUACUACGCCAUUCAUUUCGGACUCGGCAGUGUGUUGUUUGCUGUGACCGGCGCAGCAGCGUUUGGAGGCAUCUACCAUUUUGAUACUGUCGGCAUAGGUCUCGCGAUCGGCCUAUCUACUUUUAUCGGUACCCUCAUCGGAGAGAUCUCAGCAGGUCCUGUAUCCGAUCGACUUGUAUACCUGCAUGCAAAAGCACACAAUGGCGAUAUUAAUCCGGAGAGUCGCCUGUACGCUACGAUUCCCGGAGCCAUACUCAUCCCCAUCGGAGUCAUCAUCGAGGGUCUUUGCUUCCAAUUCAAGACGCAUUACAUGGGUCCUGUCAUGGGAAUUGCAAUUGCAGCAGUCGGCUUGCAGAUCGUCACGACUAACAUCUAUGCCUACAUCACGGAUUGUUACAAGCCCCAGUCGGCUGAGAUUUCAACCUUGCUCAACUUUGGCCGUCAGGUGUUCUCGUUUACUCUGGGCUUCUACAUGAUCCCUUUCGCGGAGAAGACCACCUUUGGCAUCGCUUGGGCUGUUGUGGCCAUCUGCGGCUUGUCAUUGUACUCUGGCGUGGUCAUCCUCAUGUUCAGGGGUCGUAGAUGGCGUGAACAGCUGGGAGCGCCAUCCUUUCAUCGUAAUCUCUAG